AUGCCACCAUCAAUAGGUGUUAAUUUACGUGUUACUGGUCACUGCAGUCAAGGCGGGAGAAAGUACAUGGAAGAUUUGUUUUCCGUUGCCUAUCAACAAACUGAAGACGAAAGGGAUUUGGAGUAUGCUUUCUUUGGAAUUUAUGAUGGGCACGGUGGGAGUGAAGCUGCAGCUUUUGCUAAGGAGCAUUUAAUGGACUCUAUUGUUAAACAGCGUCAAUUUUGGUCCGACAACGACGAAGAUGUUCUGAAAGCUAUCAGAAAUGGUUACAUGUUGACCCACUUGAACAUGUGGAAAGAACUAGAAAAAUGGCCCAAAACUGUAACAGGCUUACCCAGCACUGCAGGUACAACUGCUAGUGUGGCAUUUAUCCGCAGGGGUAAAAUCUAUGUUGGACAUGUUGGUGAUUCUGCUAUAGUUCUGGGAUACCAGAAAGAGGGUAGUGAAGAAUGGGCCGCAAAACCAUUGACUUCAGAUCACAAACCAGAGUCAUCAACAGAAAUUGAACGAAUUCAAAGAUGUGGUGGGAAAGUCAUAACCAAGGCUGGAGUGCCACGUGUUGUUUGGAACAGACCUCGGGUUGGUCACAAGGGUCCAAUCAAAAAGAAUACUCCAAUGGAUGAAAUACCAUUUUUAGCUGUAGCAAGGUCUUUAGGUGAUCUUUGGAGUUAUAAUUCUCAAAAUGACGAAUUUAUUGUUAGUCCGGAUCCUGAUGUUGGUGUAUUGACUAUUGACCCAUCUAAAUUUAGGUGUCUUAUUUUCGGCACGGAUGGUUUAUGGAACAUGAUAUCACCUGAGGGAGCGGUGAAUCUAGUUCAAGCCACAGAACGUCACAAUGAAGCUGCACUAGUCGGUGGAAAUGGAAGUCAACCUAGGGACUGGCUCAAUCCUUCCAAGAGCUUAGUGGAUCAUGCUCUCGAAAGGUGGUCAAAUACACGAAUGAGGGCGGAUAACACGUCCGUGGUGACGCUGAUGUUGGAUCCGCCGGGACCUCCGCGGGCGACCGUGCUGCGCUCGCGAACCGGCGCCGCGCACAGCCACCACAACCACCACCAUCACCACCACCACCAAACCCACAGCGCGGCGCAACCCGCCCAGCCCCCGCACGCCGCGCUCGCCCCGCCGCCGUCCGCGCCCGACGAGACGGCCGGCGAUGCCGACGCGGAGGCCAAGCCCGUGCCGCAGUACGGGCUCACCAUCACCACCAGAUACUCCGAAGGCGAGAAGCCGGCGCCGUCCGGCGACAACGCGCAGAAGGCUCCGCUCCCUCCGUGCGCGACCCUCGACGGCAGGUUCUCGGCGGCCGGCCGCGAGCCCGACGAGCCGGAUCUCGUCAUGUCCAACUACGGCAAUCCGGCCGAGUCCUACUUCAUGGCGCGCCUGCUGAACCGCAGCCGCGUCGUCAACACGCUGUCGGACGUCUACGAGGAGAUCGUCAACGGCCACGCGACGGACGUGACGUCGGAGUCGCCCGACCGGAGCGCCGCCACCGCCGUGCCCGAGGCCGGCGGCGACGCGACGCCCCGCCCGCCCUCGCCCGCCGAGGGCGCUCUCGCCGCGGGCGACGCGCCCGCCCCGGACGGCGGCAUCCAGAUCAACGAGGUCUCGUCCAGCUCGCCCACCGAGGGCCCGCGGCCCGCGCGGGGCCGCCGCUCCGCCCCGCCGCCGCCCAACGACCGCGUGCUGCGCUCGCACCACGAGCCCGAGACGCCGCAGCGGCCGCACACGCGCCAGACGGCCACCCGCGCCAAGGGCGGCGCGCUCGAGCGCGUCGUGAUUCUGUCGCGGCGCGGGCCGGCGCGGCGCGCCUCGCCCGCCUCUCCCGCCGCGCCCGCCGCAGCCCCCGCGCCCGCCGCCGCCGAGGAGGAGGCGCGGCGCGCGACGCGCUCGCAGGGCGCCUUGAGCGCGGCGGGAAACUGCGCGCGCGCCCCGGGCCCGGCGCGGCGGGCGCCGGCGGCGCGCCGCGAGACGCACUGCAAGGAGAAACCUGUGCACUCCACCACGGCCGGCUGGGCGCGCGCGCUGCGCUCGCGCAACGACGCCGAGCCCCCCCUCGCGCACCACGCGCACCACGCGCACCACGAGCACCACGAGCACCACGCGCACCACGCGCACCAGCCGCCCGCCAAGAGGGCGCGCUGCGAGCCGCCGCCCGCCGCCGCGGGCGCGCCCUGGCCGCCGGCGCCGUCGCUGCGCCACCGGCUGCGCCGCCGCCUGGCCAAG